UGCGCCUGCAGGGCGGUUGCGCUGCCCGGGUGAGCGGCAUCUCCUUCCGGGGCGGCCCUGCGCCUUCCUGCGGCGGCGUCUGCGGCGGCGGCCGGUUCGGGAGAGGCGGCGCGGCCCGGUCGGAGCCAUGGCUCGAAACGCGGAGAAGGCCAUGACGGCCUUAGCAAGAUUUCGUCAAGCUCAGCUUGAAGAAGGAAAGGUUAAGGAGCGAAGACCUUUCCUUGCAUCAGAGUGUAAUGAAUUGCCUAAAGCUGAGAAAUGGAGGCGACAGAUCAUUGGAGAAAUUUCCAAGAAAGUGGCACAGAUUCAAAAUGCUGGAUUAGGCGAAUUCAGAAUUCGAGACCUGAACGAUGAAAUUAACAAGCUUCUGAGGGAGAAAGGACACUGGGAAGUCAGGAUAAGGGAGCUAGGAGGUCCUGAUUAUGCUAGAAUUGGACCUAGAAUGCUAGAUCAUGAAGGGAAAGAAGUUCCAGGAAACAGGGGUUACAAAUAUUUUGGAGCUGCAAAGGAUUUACCAGGUGUUAGAGAACUCUUCGAAAAGGAGCCCCUCCCACCACCCCGGAAAACUCGUGCUGAGCUUAUGAAAUCCAUCGAUGCAGAGUACUAUGGCUACAGGGAUGAAGAUGAUGGUAUUCUGGAGCCACUGGAACAAGAACAUGAGAAGAAAGUUAUAGCAGAAGCAGUGGAAAAGUGGAAAAUGGAGAGAGAGGCACGACUUGCGAGAGGUGAUGAGGAGGAGGAAGAGGAAGUAAACAUCUAUGCUGUCAAUGAUGAUGAGUCUGAUGAGGAAGGUAGCAAAGAAAAAGAAGGUGAAGAAGGCCAACAGAAAUUUAUUGCACAUGUUCCGGUGCCAUCUCAACAGGAGAUUGAGGAAGCUCUUGUACGGAGAAAGAAGAUGGAGCUUCUUCAGAAGUAUGCUAGUGAAACUCUUAUGGCCCAGAGUGAAGAAGCAAAAAGACUUCUAGGGUUGUAACAUUGCAUCAGUAUGUCCUGAUUUUUAUAUAAUCCAUCCUAAAGCAAUAGGUUCAUGUAUUCUGGUAGCAGGUUCAAAUAUUCUGGUAGCAAUCUCAUGUAGCUUGGAAGGUCCCUGUGGGUGUUACGAAUAAGAUGUGAUCAAGUUAUAGUACAUUGUCUAAAAGGCAAAAGAACAUUUUGGUUUAUCUUCUGAAAUUACUUGCUCUUCAGUGUUGAAAAAGACCAGGCCUAGAUUAAUUUGGUCUCUACGUUUUCAGUAACUGUCUUCAAUACUUUUACUUCGUGAAACAGUCUGUGCAGUGGUGCCUCUUAUGGGUAGAACAGUAGAAGCAGUAGCUUCUUAAAACCUGAGGGAAAUCUGCCUGUUACUGCUAUUCUGAGAGUCUCCUACAUCCUGACUAUAAGUGUGCACACACUUAUCCUUUUGAUUACCUCUAGACCGGGGCACCAAAGCUUAUUCUGUUACACCAGGUCUGCUUACCAGAAUAGCUUAGGCCUUGUUUAGAGAUAGUUUGGCAGAUCUCAUGAAUGACUUUGAUUUGUUUCUUUAUCUAACAGUGCAUUUUUAUGCAGUAUGUCUAAAAGCUGUUGCCCUUUUAUGAUUUGUAACCAUGUCUGGUUGGAUUGCUCAAGUGCUGAAUAUUUCAGCAGCUAUUGUAAAUACUUUCACCUUUGUAAUGCCUUGUUAAAAUAUUUUUAGUAAACCUUUUAUACAAA